CACGUUUCAGCAGCCGGUCACACAGUACCAGACUUCAGCGCGCGCAGAUUCUCCGAGAGAUCACGACCAAAUCCGAACCCAACAUUCCUCCGUUAUCUCCCACCAGCUCAGACUGACUGCUGACCUGACCCGUGUCCCCUUCACGGCAGCGGCUCCCUCUGACUAAAAAAAAAAAAAAAAACAAGAACAAGAACAUUGACCCAUCACUCGAAGCCGUAAAACUGAACCAGACGAGGUGGGCUUAAUUCCCUCCACCUUCCCCCAGCACCACGUCUGUGCUCUCCGAGGCCGACACCGACACAUUCCGAGGAAAGAUUUUCGUCCCGCUGCUCCCCGUCAUCUCUGCCUUGUCUGUAGCCGACUCAUUUAGCUGCGCCCGGGAUCAUGGCAGAGUACACCUCUUUGCUCAGCGACCUGUCUGAAAACAUAACCAACGAGGACUUGGAGCAGCUCAAGUCAGCCUGCAAGGAGGACAUCCCUGAAGACCAGAGCAACAACAUCACCUCCUCCAAGGAGUGGUUCAGCUACCUGGAGAAGAACGACAAGCUUGCCCAAGAUAACCUGUCUUACAUCGAGCACAUCUUCGAGAUCUCUCGGCGGCCGGACCUGCUGACCAGGGUGAUAGAGUACCGCACCACUGUGCUGAAGAUCUCCGAGGACGACGAGAUCGACACCAAGCUCACACGUAUCCCCUCAGCCAAGAAAUACAAAGACAUCAUCCGCCAGCCCUCUGAAGAUGAGAUCAUCAAGUUGGCGCCGCCUCCUAAAAAGGCAUGAGGUCAAUGUCCAGAGUCCCAAUCUUGGCACCUUGAUUUCUCCACCUCCGGCACUCAGAUCGUCCAACCAAACAUUUUCCAUCAGCCCUGUUAACCACUCCCACCUCAGUCUCCCCGACACCACCUCCAGACAUACACACACACACACACACACCCUCCCCUACCAUCCCCUGCCGCACCCUUGCCUCCUUAAGUACCACAAAUGACACGGGACCACGCAAGACGCUGUCUACAACGUCGACCAAUCAGAUCGUAGCGACGCAGCCCCUUCCCCAGCUGAGGGGGGGAUGGGAAGUUGCGGGGGGGGAAAAAAGACACUUUAAGAUCAAAUUUGGAGAUGGACCAACGUAGUAUGUGUGUGAUGAGAACACUGAAGUCUGUCCUGGAUGCUGAGUGGGUCAGUUCUGAAUGAGUGUUUCGUGACGUUGCGUGUUCAUGUCGUUUAAGUGGUUUGGUUAAGUAUGAAACAAAAGCUAGGCUAACCCAUGAUGAAGCAGAAAUUACAGAUCCUGCGUUUGAGCAAAAUGAAAAAUGACAAGGCUAUAUUUUAUUCUGAAAUUCUGGAAAAGCCUACAGAACUUAAGAUAUGAAAUUAUAUUUGUGGGAAUAAGUGCAGUGACACUUCACUGCAACUCAUAUUUUGUCUUUGCUAAAGCUAAUUUAUCGAAAUUUAACUUGAUUGUACAACAUAGCCAAACUUUUAAGACCAUAUUAAUAUUUGAGCACUAAAACAACUAGAUGAUGGAAAACGGUUUCAGAAGAUAACCGCCAGGUAAGGUUCAAUGGUUAAAAACAUAAAAAUAAAUCUUACGCAUUGUUGUUUUUUUCUGUGAAGGUGCUUGUGUUAGCUUGUAGCUAGCUGAAUAAAUAUUUGAGCGUGUUUGUGUUAAGAGGAGUAGUCUAGAUGCCAACCUCACAUCUGUCGAUUAGCCAAGAGUUAGCAUUAGUGCUAAACUUGAACAAAGAUCAAGUCUUUUUGCCUCCCUGUUUCAAUACAGUAAGCUGAGCUAAGCUAUCUUCUUCAAGCUAGCUACAAUGGAGCGUCGGUUUCCUAAUAUCAGAGCGUGACUCGUGGGAAACUAUGUCUCAGCAAAUCUAGCUGUUCCUUACUAUGUCAUUAGACUGGUUACUUGAAGCUAAAUGCUAAUGUCACAUUUUAUCAAUGGAAGAGUCUCUGUUCCCCCAAGGCUCUAUGAGCAUUCCCUUCACUCCAACAUGAUUAACGAGAAACAAGAAACAUGUCGAACAUUUUAGUGAAACAUAUUUAAAAUUGCCGAUAUUUGCCUUUAGCUUGUAGUCACUUCAAAGAGUUAUUUACAGCAGAUAUUUAGUUAUAGCAUUUAUGUCUUCGCAAUGGAAGAUCCUUUUUUGUAGGGACCUUUCCAUUAUUGGAACCAGUCAGAGUGAAUGUUCUUUUUAGGGACAAGUUAGAGAUGUAAAUAAAUAAUAUAUUACAAGAACAUAUAGUAGAAGUAAUAUAAUGAUCCACAACUUAUGCUCUUUUGGGCAAACUCUAGCUCUAGCAAGAACCACCUAUAGGUUCAGUUAGUGUAGCUAGUUUCAAUAAAAGUUCAGCUAAUCCCAAACCAUCUAACAUCUCUUUGUAAGCAAAGGGUAGUUGAACUACAUCAUCCAUACGUACAUUUUGGGAGAGUUAUUGUAUGUAGCCUGUUUUAAGUAUCUUCGUUGUCAUUGUAUUUGUCGCUCAGAAAAUAAUUGACCAGUGUAUUUUGAAAGACUACUCAAGGCUUCUGUGAGGAAAAAGAAAAAAAAAGAAAAAUCGGUUUUACGUGAUCGUUCAAAUUCCUUACUCAAACGUCAACGGUCCCUAUAAUGCACACAUUAUCGAACUGCGCCAUUUCCGCCAUGCACCGACGCGAAAAGAAAAGCUAGCAGACUGUUGAAUCUAAACUUUAAUGACCACUCUUCUGAACACUGUGUAUCUUCUCUCCCCACGACGAAGCCUUAGCAGAGUUUUUGCGUUUACGUCCCCUGAAUUUUUAUUCGUUUUUUCUUUCUUUCUCCCCAACUCUGAGCGUUCAGGCGUGUGAAAAGCAGCGACGGGCGUCGGCGGCACACGCGUUCGGUCAAUCAAAGCAGCUCUCCAUUUUAAAGAGAGCUGUGUGAUCUUUCUUUUUCUUUUUAAAGAUUUGCUAAGGACUUCAGUGUUGGUGAGUACAGAAUGUGUGUGGUCUACUUUCUUUGUCGUCCUCAAAGCUGUGGGAUUUGAAACUGAGGCAUCGCGAUCUUUCAGUUGUAAUGACUAGUUACUUACCCGAGCACUGACUCUGUUCUCGCUUGUACUCCUUUGCCACUAUGCUCCAAUUCAGCCCUAGUGCCAACGAUCGAGACGUUUCGUUUGGAUCACGGUUUGUGUGGUCUGCUUUGUUUUUACUUUAUAUAGCUUGACUUGUAUUGUAUUGCUGGACAGAUUUGUAUCCUAUGCAUCAAUGUCUGUAAGAAAAAAACCUUCACAAACUGCAAUUUUACAGAAUGGAAUUCUGUGUUUGUCCUUCGCCCGGGUCUUUGACAGGACCGUGGCUUGUUUUAUAUUAAAUUUGCAUGAUCUCUUUGCAAAGUAGAUUUGACUUUUGGUCGUAGAAACUUGACAGUACGCACCUUUAGAAAGAGGAAGGGGGUGAAAUAGCUGGAAACUGGGGUAAAAACAAACUUUUUAAUGUUUUGGCACUGCAUAUUACUUUUGCUGCAUUCCUGCAUCCGUUUAAUUUUCACAUUUUAAUAUUUGCAUAUUUUGCAUAAUUUAGAUAUUAACGUUUUUUUGGUGGGGCGGGGGACUUUUGGGUAAGUUAAUUGUCCCUAGUUUGUAUCUCUGUGUUGUUGCCACUCUUCUCGUAUUCACAAAUAACCACGUCAUACCGCUGUGUAACAAAAGCUUGUCAGUAUAUUUGUCUUGGUAUUGUAAAAAAUCCAGAAUAAUAAUAAUUAUCAAACGGCUCAACUCUCCCCUGCAAUUUAAUUGGACUGUGUUUUCUUCUCUAACGAUUUGAUAUUACAUCACACAGCCAAGCAUUGGUAAAUAAUUGGUAAAUAAUUGGCUCGGCUUUAUUUCAGUGGUUGUUGAAAAAGCCCGGCGUUGGGUACAAUUAGAAUCCUGGUUGUUGAGAUACAACUGGUGGUCUUUUUUUUUUCAGAACCAAAAAUCCUACUGGUAUGAAGGGACCAAAUUUAUUAAGUGGUGAAUGGGGGAAAAUAACAUUCAAGUCUUGAAUCUUCUUGAAAUGUGAGGCAGAGGCUACUUUUUGAAUAUUUAAUUUAACAAGUAAUAGUCAAAUAUCCCAAAUGUGGACUAUGUGUUAAAAAUAGCAUGUUGAACAUCUGAGGUGUCAAAUUAUUGAUUUUUUUCCCCCCAGUUUCCAGGCUUGCCCUUCCUUGACCAAACACUAGGUGAAUUGGUGUUAUCUCUUCUUUGGAUUGGAGCUGUUGAACACAAAGUGACUCCAUCUCGCAGCGUGGCGAUGGCCUCUGCAUAACGCUUAUUCCCAGUGUCACAAUGCACGCUGCCUUGGCUAAAUGUCAAACUGCCAUUUAACAGUUCUGUUGAACAAGUUUGGCUAUUUGUACAAACCAUACCAAAAGACAGAUUUUUCUUUGCCUGUGUUUCCAAUAUUUGACACAAUAUCACUAAAAGGGGUCAGGGGCCAAUGAUUUUACCUUCUUUUAUUUAAAGUAGGUUUUGAAUACCAGCUUGUGAAUUUCAAUGUGUGAUUUUUCUUUUUCUUUUCCCAUCUCUCCCCAAUAGAAUUUCAGUUAGCCGUGGACUAAACAACUGUUUUGUUUUUUUGGGGUUUUUUUGCAUAGAUUUUUGAUUUAUCCUGAUGAACGCUUUGGUUUGAACAUGUUUUGAAACCGCGUUUCCGUCAAAAUGUGGCUCUGCUGAGCUUUUUGUUGUUUUUCCCGAAGAUUACUUACACCAAGUUGUGCUCCUUAAAGUCAGCUCCCAUAAAUAGCACAGUCCCUCCGACUUUUAACACAACGCAAGUCACAUUUUUGACGUAGCUUAGCUUAUUUUCUGUGUAGCCAUUGGCGCGUAAUAUCAACAUAUCAGCCACAGAUGAUGUCAAAUUUGGAUUUCCAUGUACAAAGUACAUAUCAGCUCGGUACAUGCUGCAAAAGUAUAAGCCUAUUGUGUUUAAGGUGAAUACAUAAUUAGAACCAAUGUGUGAGGCAAACAUGCUUUGGACGUAUUUAGCAUGUGAUGCUAACAGUCGACUAAAAUCCAUUCCAAUAUUUUCCCUUAAAAAAUGAGACUGUGUUUUUUUUCUUUACAUCUUAAUUGGUUGUAAAUAUGUGUUUUGGAUGUAAGUCGCAGUGUUUGUUUUUAAAUUGAUUAAUUUAUUUAAUGCCUCUAUAUUGUUGGUUUUACAUGUCUUGAUUUUGUUUUACUAACUGGAAACAUGUCAAAGGGUUGGUUAAAAACCUUGUAGACCUUGUAUUAAUUUCUAUUACUUUCUUCAUUUAUGAUUUGCUGUUUCAGCAUUGGGUGAUGGUUUUUCAAAGGUUUUAAAA